AUGAGUCCAACCCAGUGGGUCGAAAUUAACAUGGUCAUCAUGUUGAUACUCAACCAGUUACCAUCGCCGUCCCUCGGAAACGUUGCCCCCGUCACCGCAAUGUCUGGUCGCCCUACCAUGUCUCCGUUGGAUACAAUUGCAUUGCCUGGUGGUUUGCAGUCGGCGACUUUGGCCGAGAUCGAGUCACGCCAACGCUCCAAUAUUCAAGCCGCCCGCGACGCAUUUGAUUCGAUGCACAAGGAAAUGGCCGCUGUGAACGCCAAGAAACGCGAACGCUCGAAAAGAUCGCAUGAUGCACGACGGGGCGUUCAAAUGGCGCAAUUUGUUGUCGGCGACUAUGUGCUGUAUCAAGACGUUUGGCAGCAUCAGCGUCGAAGUUGA